AUGAUUCAUUUGAUCAUCCUAGCUCUAACAGUUUUGUCUUCCCCGCACCUAACCAAAGCGGGUGGUGGUUACUACGGCAGCGUCGGACCUGCCUAUGGAGCUGUAAAGGGCCUCGGCUACGGGGGAAUCGGAGGCCUGGGUCCCGCAGCGGGCCUAGGCUUCGGCUUGUUUCCGGGAUUGAUCGGAUUUCCAGGGAUUGGUGGCCUAGGCUUAGGCGCCGGCUUAGGUUACGGAUUAGGUAAAUCUCCUGCGCUUGCAUACGGUGGCUACCCACUGUUGGGUGGAUAUGGUGUGGGACGAGGACUUGGUUAUGGACCUGGUGUAGUUGGAUGA